AGGCCCCUUUGGCGUCUCAUACAACAAUGCUGAAUCGACAACAACAAUAAUAUUAAUCGAGAGACCAGCGUUUGAAGUUAAAAUUAGUAUUAUAUUUUUAUUAAAUAACUUAAAAUUAUAGUUUAUUUCAUUGUUGGUUACAUUGGAAUUAUGAAUUUAAGGACAAAGACCCAAAUUCUCCAACCUGUUAUGACAAGGUGUUAGUACAUCCUUCAGAACCCAAUGCAUUCACUCCGCUACGUCACCAGCCAUCUGCUUGUAAUUCCGGUUGAGGGCAUCAAUAAAAUGAAGAGUAAACUCAAAUGCAACAUACAUCUGCUUGGAGUUAUCGACAUAGCUGUCCUCCUCUUAGCAGUAUGUGCCGGACUUUACUCCAGUUGGUACCAUACAAACAGCAUCAUCAUCAUUGUCAUCAUCAUCUUCGGUUUACUCAUCUUUUCCUUAUGCAGCAUCUUCUACUAUUAUUUCAACUUGAAAGACAUAAGUGAAAGCUUUAGCCAUCUCUGGUUUGGCUGUCUUCUUGGAAUGAUUGCAUUUUUCAAUCACAGUAGUUUUGAUGAAGACAGACCGACAAUGGUGACAAAUAUCCUGUUGAUAUCGAGCCUUGGUAUUAAGAUAAUCUGGUCAUUUGUCCAACGGGCAUCCGGAAAUGCCUUGUACAAGUCGCGAUUACUCACCCAGGCUGAGAAAUUUGAGUUUCUUGGAUUUGGUAUCGCUUGUGUUCUUGGUACAGAUUACAUGACCAGCAUGUGGCUGUUGGUAAUUGCGAACAUGUUGAUGUUGAUAAUGUUAAGACUGAAAGUAUCAUUUUCACUUCCGUGCAUUAUAAUCUUUUACACGAUAUCCGUUUUAUUUUUUUUCAAAGCAAUGGCAGACAAGUUGAGCCAUUGGGCAUUGUUGUGUUUUACCGGUAGAUUAUUAUGCGAUCCAUUCUUCGAUUUGUACUACAAUGGAUUAUCCAUGUUAGAGAGAUGGCAUUGCUUCAUAAGCCUUCCUCGCUAUAUGCACCGAUUUAUUAUCAUUUGCAUCACAGUUAUUGAAAUAUAUUUUUUUCAAACAGCUGGAUACGUUAUGAUUUCAAACGAUGAAUGGUACCUUUCAGUACCGCUUUUCUUUCUGUUUGGCGUAGUGUGGAUUUGCCUGCAUGUUAUCUUCGUACUAACGUCUUGGACUUUCGCUAACAAACUGAGCGAGUGCAAUAGUAUAUUAAAGACCAACCAAGAAACGAAUGCAAAUUUAUCUACUGUCAUGGCAUCGAAGGGACUACGCUACUUUGCUCUUAUCUCCAAGUAUAUGAUCUUAAGUGUACUUCUGAGCACAGUGUUAUUGGGGGCUACUUCCUGGCAAGCAACAAAUACACAUUUCAUGGCGAGUAUUCUGAUUGUUUUACCAAUGGAAGUAAUGUUUCAUGGGAUACUCCAGGAGUUGGGUGGGUUGCUAGGUGGCACAUGCUGUUGCUAUGCAGUCAUAGGACCAUCGGGUUUAUGCAGAUCUGAUCGGACGCCUGUGUUGUUGCCAACCAAUGCCAUUGAGGAACAGAGUCGUCGCUCAGUCAACAUCUUAAACAGUAUCCAGCGAUUUCUUGUCCAUCACAUGAUUGACAUAUUUAGUUGCGACUUUUCAAGUGGUGGCAUUGCCAUGGAAUCUCUAGAGACGAAGAUGAGGAGCUUCUUGUCUCGAAGGACAAGCGAUGGGCCUAGGUUUGAUACUUAUCUUGUUUACUAUAGUGGAGACGUGUACCAAUCUGGUGACUGGGCUCUAGCAGAUAAUGGUGUAUUGAAAUUUGAAACAUUGCUGACAUGGUGGCAUGAAGUCGAUGCAGAUUCGGGGGCACGCUUAAUCAUCAUUUUGGACACUAAGCAUCACAGUGGUUGGCUAAAACAAAUCAAAAGAAAUUCAACUGAUUUCAUUGCCAUUCAGACUUGCUCCAUUGGACAAUCAGAUCCAGAGACUGGUAUCGCUGUAAACACCGGUGAUUUCACAAUGGAGUGGGUAGCAUUUAAUGUCACCAGAGAUGCUGACAUCACUUGGGCAGAGCAGGGUAGGAAAACAAAAGCAGUUUAUGGUGUUUCUAAAAACUGGGUUGAUUUUACUUUUCAUAAACCAACGGAAGAUGACAUCGAGGUUUACUGGACCCAAAACUUUCCGCGGAUUACGCACUCACUGAUUAAGGUCUUGCAAGUGGUUAGUUCAAUAGAGUGCGAUUCCUGCUGCUGGUGUCUGGAUUGCUGCCGGAAGAUUAAGAUGAAGUGGUUGCCGCCAAAGAUCAUAAAUACUGGACAUGGUUUUAAGCUUGUAAGGUCUUGAAGCACAAAAUUCAUAAUAUUUCAUUCUGUAAGCAAAGGAACUGGAAGCUAGCUGCAUAUUGAUAUCUACUAUACAUCAUAAUUAAAUAAGGGGGGUAGGGGCAGUGGGGGAUGCUGCUGUAUGCAGAUGGGGCUGUUUCUAAACAACACUGUCCUGUAUGCAUUAAAAAAAUGGUCCAUUCAUUAUACAGUUGCCUAAGUCGAUCUUAUUUUACAUGCCAAAUUAUUGUGUGUUUUCCAUUAACUAACGAUCUGCAAGUCAAAUUUUAUCAAACAAUAUUUCAAUGCCAUUUUGGAUUCGACUUAGGCAAGUUCAACUGUACUACAGCAGAAUUACAAUCUGUACAUAAGAGAAAUAAUGUUCAAUAACUAUAGAGUUUAUAAAAUGCAAGUAUGCACACUUUACCUGAUUAUGGAGGGCAUUUUGCUACUGUUUAUUCUAUACUGUGCAAUUUUGAUUUUGCCUACAAGUAGUGUGCUUCCUAACUUAUACUUAACUCACUCAAAAAGCGUGAUAUUGUGAAGUAAUUUCUGUAUUAGAAACCAAUGGUAGUGCCAUCAUGAUCAUGGGAAAAUUUCCCUUCAGACAAGCGUACUGUAUGACCCCCUAUUGUCCACCACCACUAAGGUAUUAGAACUAAAACUAAUAAUUUGCUGAUCAAACAAGUUACCGUGAUUACAGUUCCAAAUAUUGUGGUAAAAAAAGCACACAAGUUUUACCUUCAAACCUAUAACAUUUUUGCUUAACCCUACAAGGAGAUUUACUCAGUGAAACACAGUCCUAAGCCCUACUAUAGGCGAGUCUAGAGCCACCACUAUUGGAAACAUUGUUUGCCAAGUACUGUAAAAUGUUUGUAUCAAGCAGUGUCUGCCAUGUCAAAUCCACAUUACAGAUUUAAUAAAGUAAAUUUAAUAGGGGGUUAAUAUUUUUUUAUACAUAAAACUUAAAGAAUGUUUGGUUUGGUUUAGAUAAGUUAAGUUAUUAAAAAAAAAUUUUUUUCUCACUAUCUUGUUUAAAAAAGUGUAUAUGAUGAUCUUUAUGUGUAUAGAUUUUUUAUUGUGCAGUUUUGAAAGCAACCGACUUUACUGCAUAUUUAUUAUUAGCAAAUAUUAUGAUUACUAUUACGAUGCUAAUAUAUUUAUUCCUAAACCUUAUGGUCACAUUUUUAUAUUAGAUUUGAAAGAAUUUCAUAAGUAAUAUUUUCAUACUGACAUUUGUUUCAGUUAAGCAAUAAGUUUCCUAGGUGCACUACUUACCUAAAAAUCACUGUCAACUCUAUCAAUUUUUCAGUUACAAAUACCUGUGAAUUGCCCAUGGAUAUUGUUGGAGUGGUUUGCUGUAGUAUUUGCGGUUCCGUUACUUGGAGGUUCAGUAACUUGCUGCGCAUUUCGCUUGUGUCCGAUACUUUACCUAUGGCUGUAUCACUCCACCCAGGUGUACAAGUGCAAAAUAUGGAUUCUCCUCAUGGAACUGCAUACGUUUGAUCCAGUGAUCGGGGGUAAUAACUUGAAGCGCUAUAGAAGCCUUGUUUGCAUGAAGCGCUUUACAAUAUGCUCAUAUUUGGUUUGAUAUUUGACACAGAAAACAGAGACAGAGCAUUAUAGUGUCCAGUAUAGUGCCAAAGAACUUUCAUGUUGUGAGCUUUCUAUUGUUUUUUUACCCACUGCUUUAAAAAUCCAUACAGUACCUCCAAGAAAUAUGAUACAUAACAAGAUGAACAAAGACAUUCAAAGUACUGUGCUGUCGGGGACAAAUAAAAAAUCUUCCCUUCCCCAAUUUAUUUACUGGUUCACCAGCAUGUUGAAGUUCAAUACAAAAGGCUUUACUGUAAGUUGUCUGUACACUUUAUGGGUGCUCUCGGUUUACACAAGCUAGGCUAGUAGGCUUACAGUAUUUUCAAUGUGCAAAACUGCAGCAUGCAACAGGUGCAGAAAAAAAUAUAACCUAUAUUCCUCAUUGUGAUAAGGAUACUGAACAUGAUGUGCCUACAAGCUUAAUUAAAAAUUAUUUUCUAUUUCUAAAAAUGUGGAAUUCUAAGAAAGUAUAUUUGUCAAUUAAGCUACUUUUAAUUGUUUUAUAAUAACACGCUCAAUACAAAAUUAUUUUCUAUUUCUAAAAAUGUGGAAUUCUAAGAAAGUAUAUUUGUCAAUUAAGCUACUUUUAAUUGUUUUAUAAUAAUUUCGUUUUUUAUACCCCCAUUACAACCCAAUCGAUUGGUAUCAGUUUUAGGGAUUUAGGGAUUGUAGAUCCAGGAUUAAAACAAAAACAAUAGAAUUUUUUAUUCCUCAUGCUUCCUAAACCAGAGGGCUAUAUUUUUUUUAGUACAGUAGAAUUCAAAAGGACGAUUUUUUGGUUUGGUAUUUGAAGGAAUAAAUUACAAACUUCAAAAUGUAGAAUUCAUUUUUUUAUUUUCCAAAACUUUGUACUUCAGUUGCAAUUUGACAGUAAAAUCAUGUUAUUGUGGGUAAUGUUAAUUUGAGCCAUCUUGUGGCCAAUUGACUAAGUUGAUAUACAGGGCAGGUCAGUAUUGAAUAAUUGAGGUAUAAAAUAUUGAAGCUUAAAUAAUGACCUAGAAAUACUUUUUUUUUACAAUAAAUUGACAGUUUAAUAUC